AUGCAUGAAUUCGGCAGGCACGAUCACAUAGUACGGAUCCUCAGCGUAUUUGAGACCACUCAGGAGAGCACGUGUAUCCUCAUGGAGUAUCUCCCGCUGUCACUGCAGGAGUACCUCCGUCUCGAUCCAGAACUGGAGCUACACGAAAUUCGUCUGAUAACAGCAGGGGUUCUCCUCGGCUUGUACGCUUUGAAACAGAUACACUUGAUUCACGUCGACAUCAAACCCAACAACAUCAUGUUACUCAAAGCGGAUGAUUGCAUCCGAGCAAAGAUCAUCGACUUUGGGAUAUGCGAGUUGACUACAGAAGGCCCUCAUUUGGGACUCUACGUCCAGGCGAAGCCCUACAGAGCACCAGAAGUCUUCCUCGGUUACGAAGUGACGCCUGCAAUUGACAUUUGGUCUCUUGGAGUUUGUGCCUCUGAAAUGUGUAUCAGGGAUGCUCUUUUCGACAACUUGGAUUCGAAUGAAGCUUUCCGGAGCAUUUUGAGGCGAAUCGUCGUUGAAGACGAUGCGUAUAUCGAGGACGCUCCGAAUAGGGAUAGAUAUUUCGAACUCGCAGAAGAUGGCUAUUUUGAGUUCAAAUACGGCAGCUUGCCGGCUAACGGGGCUAAGCUCGAUCGAAUCUUGAUGGGACUCGAGGCUCACAGCAGACUCAACGAUUUCGAAAGGAGCGACUUCGUCGAUUUGAUGAUCAAAAUGGUAUGUUUCGAUCAUCGCUCUCGAAUCACGGUGGAAGUCGCUCUCCUGCAAAACUUCAUAACCAUGAGCAACGAUUCCGACCCGACGUCCGCCUGCCCAUACUCGGGCAAGCUCAGACAUAAAGUUAUGCUCCAUCAAUCUUGUCCGACUUUGCGUGGAACCCUGAGACAACUCAAGAGAUUGGGACUGAACGGGGGAAACGACGACCCCACGGAACGGGACACGCUGGACAGUCUCGGGACUUCCCCAAGCGACUCUGAGAUCGAAGCCCCAGCGAGGAAGAGACUCAAGAGCGUAUACCCCUCAUGA